CCAGAGUUGUGGUAUAUAUAAGGAUGGAGGGAAACAUUCGAAGCAGGAUGCAAACGAGACCUCGUCAGUCAGUCGAAGGAGAAGAAGCAGAAGAAGAAGAACAACAAGCAGCCUCUCACUUUUCACACAUUUCCACCACAUCGAGCCCGAGCCCAUCCUCAAGAUGCCCCUCUCCACCAACGACAAAACCAACGAGACGGCCGCUGCUCUGGUCAAGACGUUGCAAGGAGCAUUCCACACCCCGCCGGGCUUCAGACCAGCGCACGCGCGAGGGAUUCUCCUCAACGGCACCUUCACGCCGACCGCAGAGGCCGGCGCGCUGAGCUCGGCGCACCACUUCCACGCCAGCUCGACGCCCAUCAUCGUGCGCUUCUCCAACUCGACGGGCAUCCCGCAGAUCCCGGACAACGCGGGCGACGCGAACCCGCGCGGCAUCGCGGUGCGGUUCGUGCUGCCGGACCACGACGGGCGGCGCCAACACACGGACGUGAUCGCGCACUCGACGCCCUUCUUCCCCGUGCGCACGGGCGAGGACUUCCUCGAGCUGCUGGCCGCCAUCGGCGCCUCGGCCGCGCCCGACGCCCCCACCCCGUCGCCCAUCGAGGUGUACCUGGGCAAGACGCCGUCGGCGGCGGCGUUCGUCGGCGCGCCCAAGCCCACGCCCGCCAGCUUCGCCACCGAGAAGUACUUUGGGCUGAACGCGUUCAAGCUGAUCGCCGCCGACGGCACGGGCACCUACGUGCGCUACCGCAUCACGCCGGACGCGGGCGAGGCCCACCUGACCGACGACGAGGCCAAGGCCAAGGACCCGGCGUUCCUGCACAACGAGAUCCAGACGCGCAUCAUCGACGGCGGCGCCGCCUUCACCCUGUGGGCCCAGGUCGCCGAGGAGGGCGACCCGACCGACGACGUGACCAUCCACUGGCCCGAGUCGCGCCGGCUCGUCAAGCUGGGCACCCUCAAGCUCGAGGCCGUCGCCGACGACAACGACGAGAAGCAGCGCACCAUCAUCUUCGACCCCGUGCCCCGCGUCCCCGGCCUGCAGGCCAGCGCCGACCCCAUCAUCGACAUGCGCGCCAGCGUCUAUCUCAUCUCCGGCCGCGAGAGGAGGGCCGCGGGGCCUCACCACUGAUCCCCAGUCAAUACCCCGACUUCUCGUGCUGCGAGGGCAUCGGUCUGCAGGAGUGGGCUAUAAUACCGUGACGUGAUCGGCUCUACCUGUCCGUCUGCAAGUCUGCCUCUCAGUAUGCAUCACAUAUAUACAUAUUUACAUACCUCCCAUAUCUACCUUACGUGCCUAGUGCGUUUUGUUUAAUACCGGAAGUUGGAUUCUGGAAUAUAUUUUCGCCCAUUUGAAAUACCCGUUCCUCCCCUCCCCUCCACUACACAUGUUUGGGUGCUUGGGAGAAGAAGAGCAGGCAGAGUACGGAACACCCGUUGGAACUCCAUGCGCUUCAUCGCUCAAAUUGCAAAAGCCUUCCCGCUCUCAAGUCUCGGAGCCCGGGCUGUGGUCUGGGGUUAUAUGUGCAGCUGGC